AUGGCGACGCCCAGUGAGUUGUCUCUAGAGGAGAUACGUAAAUAUUUGUUGGAUAACGGUGGUUCAGCGCGAAAUCACGACCUAGUGAAACAUUUCAAGAGCUUCCUCACUGAUCCAGAAACCCGAGUUGAGGCGCGAAAUAAAUUCAAGGAGUACGUAAACACACUGGCGACUAUCAAAAAUGAAGAGGGGGAAAAAUUCCUGGUGCUGAAGAGAAAGUAUCGCCAGAGCCUAGAAGAAUUAUCAUCACCAAUAUACUCUCACCUGGGACCUGGCUCUCCCCUGGCAACUCCUGAUCUCCAAACUCCCACAUCACCCCUUCGUGAUCCACCCCCGUAUCGACCGCCACCACCCGCUCCUCUGAGUCCCACACACUCUAUUGACGCAUCCUCCGCUGUCUCCUAUCGUUCACCCCCAGAAGAGCUGUAUGCAACAGUGAAUAAGCCAAAUAAAGCACCCCCAGUGCCGGUGCACAAUUCGCCAGGUCCAGGGUCUCCACACCGUCACAUCUCGAUAUUCGACGAGGCCUCACCAGAGGUGGACGAUCCAUCAUCGCCCCCCGUUCCUCCAAGACGAAAGAGUCAGGACAAACUCAAACUCGAGAACAAAGAGAACUUGAAUAAUGAAAAGGGAAAAAACAACCAGGAAACUCCAAUCAAGGAGGACGAGCCAACAGGGGGAAGUGGUGAAUUGCCAAGUGUUCGUGAACGAAUGCAGCGAUUCAACCGGAUGGCAAGUGAGACUGAUCUUCAUGGUCGUCCAAAUGGUAUUACAUCACCAGCUAAGAAACGCUCCGACAAGGGGACGGACGAGGAUGACAGCGCUUCUGUGGCUUCGCAACUGGAUGGAAAGUCGAGAGAGUGGCUGGUGCGAGCGGCACAGGGUGAAUACCAGGCGCUGGCAAAACUCGCUGCUGAGGAGCCGCGUUUGACCAGACUCAAGGAUCCGUCAUCCGGUUAUACUGCACUUCACUGGGGAGCCAAGCACGGGGAUGAAAACAUUGUUAAACUCAUCGCUGGAACUUACAAGGAGUACAUCAAAAGCGUCAAUGACACAACGAACGGGGGAUACACGGCACUCCACAUCGCAAUGCAGUUCGACCACGAGAAUAUUUUCAAUUUACUCGUCCAGGUUUACGGAGCCAACCAGGAGAUUCGGGACCACAGUGGGAAGAAGGCCAGGCAGUAUCUGGCCUCGCAGGAGGCUGCGGUCAGCCAAGAUACCUUCCGAAAAAUAAAAGCAAGGAAAAAGCACACCGAGAAAGAUCUUGGUUUCCUACGAAUUGGCUCAUUGAACGUCCGCGUGAAACGUACGACGGAGGCCUUCAGCCAAUUCCUGGGUGUGGCCAGUAGUGGAAAUAAUGAAAAGAUCCAUAAGAGUUGGGGAUCUGCCGAUAAUAUUCAGGAGAAUAAAAUGAUGCCACCCCCAAAGUACGCCCCAAUCAAGAAGCGAAGGAGUAGACGAGCCCAGGACUUCACCCCAUCUCGUCAUCAAGCUGCUAGUCAACCCAGCACACCUCUUCCCCAGGCCAAAAUCGUAGACAAUUCAUCCAGGAUGGCAAAACGGCCUUCUUCAACCACUGCUGUUUCUCCGAGUACACCAAUAGCACCACGAGAACACGAUUCCGAUUCCGACGGAGCCUGCGGCUUCGAUUCCGCCUGGCGAGGCUCUGCCCAAUUGUGAAUUAUUUAUUCCAGUAUCUGAAGAUAUUAUUACAGAGUUUUGCUAAAGAGAAUCUACAUUUCUUAAUCUCCAUUUUGAAUUUCGACCGCUGAUAUGUAGCGACUAGAUAUUUAGAUCAAUUUUGGUUGUUGAAUAUUUAUAAUUCCAUGAAUUUUCUAUGGUACCUUGUAGACCUCGUACUGAUAAUGUCCAGUUGCAUUCCCAGGAAUUACGGGAUUAUAUCCUGAAUUUUAAUUCAGUUGCGAAGCGAUAAAAUAAAUUUAAUCUCACCGUUGAUAAUUUAUCCGUAAAUAUCUCGGAAUGCAGUGCCUAUAUCGAUAUUUUCGUAAUAAUCUUUUUUGCGGAACUCAUUAAGAGUUACAAAAAAUAUAUCUACGAAAAAUUCACCAUCUCCCUCAUAUCCGGAGAUAUUGACCAGAAUGAUAAAUAAUAACUCGAAUAAUUUUAUCUCUUCAAUACUGAAUUGUUAUCUUUCAUUUUCGAACAGCGCAAUCUGCCAAUGAAUGUAAUCACUCCCCAGAUUUCGUCUGAUGGUACAAACGUCAAGACUUCCUGCCUUACCAACGAUUAAUUAAUUCAUCUCACAAGCAAGUGCUGCCCCUCGAGUACUAAAAAAAACUGCAGACCCCAAACAUCACGGCAUUUCAAUAAUUUUAUUACUUAUUUAUAUAAUUCUCGAAGAUUUAUCGACGAGCAAGAUAUUUAUGAGCACUGA